CUUGGAAGUCACAGACAUGAUGCUGCCUCGCAUGGACCUCCCCAGCAUGUCCUGGAUGCUGCUCUCCUGCCUGAUGCUCCUGUCUCAGGUCCAAGGUGAAGACUCCCCGAAGGACGUGCACAGUCCACGGAUCAGUUGUCCCAGGGGCUCCAAGGCCUAUGCCUCCCACUGCUAUGCCUUGUUUAUGACACCAAAAUCCUGGAUGGAUGCAGAUAUGGCCUGCCAGAAGAGGCCCUCGGGACACCUGGUGUCUGUGCUCAGUGGGGCUGAGGCAUCCUUUGUGGCCUCCCUAGUACAGAACAGUGCGAACACCUACUCAAAUGUCUGGAUAGGGCUCCAUGAUCCUACAGAGGGCUAUGAGCCCAAUGCAGGUGGAUGGGAGUGGAGUAGCACGGAUGUGCUGAACUACGUUGCCUGGGAGAGACACCCCUCCACCAACCCUAACCCCGGCUACUGUGGGAGUCUGUUAGCAAGCACGGGAUAUCUGAAAUGGAAAGAUUUUAAGUGUGGUGCGAUGCUUCCUUAUAUCUGCAAGUUCAAGGACUAG